AUGUGGAUUAUUAAUAGACAUGAUGAUGGAUCUCGUAAAGGUUUGCAAAAUUUAGGAGAUUCAUCUGCUAUUAUUUCUUCUUGUCAGCCUAUUGUCUUUCGCAUAUUCAGUGAUCCUUCAAAUUCAACUCUUAGCCACAAGCCUACUAAGACUUUUCUCUUUCUAGAUGAAGAUGGUGUUUAUCGUGUUAAAAGAUUAUACAGAGAAAUUUUAAAUGGUGAAGAAAGUGGAGAAGCUGGUUUCAUCUGGAAAACCUGGUACCAUUCAAUGAUAGCCGGUGGGAUUAUUGGUGCAACUAUUGGUAUGAGGCCUGUUUAUAAUGACUUCAAAACAAGGUUCAACGAAUAUCAAUUCCAGUCUAAAACUGCAUAUGCUCGGAAACUUGCCGACUGUACCCUGUCUACAUGUAUUCGAAAUGGAUUCAAAUUCGGGUGGAGAGCUGGUUUAUUAGCGUUGCUAUUUUCUACCACAACUAUUAAUUUAGCAGUUUACCAUAAUGACAUAAGAUUUACUGACAUGGUUUUUUCAUUUGCUAUUACCGGUGGAGUUUAUACUUUUUGA